AUCGAUAGGUCAUUGCCAAAAAAAUAAAAACAAAUGGAGCUUUUUGGUGUUUUCAUCACCUGGAUCAAGCGUUGAAAUUUUAAUCAAAAUCGCCCAAAUUCGAGCUCUUUCCUUGAUGCCGGUUAGUCAGAUUUGUGCAGCAUGACGAGUAUCACUAGUCUCAACGAAGACUGUUUGCUUCGAAUUAUAGAGUUUUUGGAUCUUGACGAACAACUGCAGUUAUGGCAGGCUACAGAGGCCACGUCCCGCCUCAAUACUGUGAUUUCCUAUGCCUGGCAGCGUCAGAAUAAGCAUUCAAUAUCCCGGGAGAACUUCGAAGGUAGACCCGAACUACUUGAGGACUUCCUGAAUACCAUAAGGGUUACGAUGACGGAACUAACUAUGAGAUACCUUCCGAUGGAACAACUUGAACUGUGGCGGAAACACCAAUUUCCCAAUAUUCGGGAGCUGUACUACAUGGGGGAUGAAAACGGCGACGUGGACGGUGACUCUGACAUCGAAAUUUUGGUCAACUGCUUCCCCCAGCUGGAAUCCAUUGGCCUGAGCGGGAAUACAACUGGGAAGUACAUCGACCAGUGGCGACAUCUGCGGCGACUGGAUCUGCAACUGUGCUGGUACUUGAGCACUCAGUGCUUCGAGGAUAUCUGCAAAAGUCUUCCGCUGCAGAGCCUGAACAUCCAGUGGCGGCGGGCUGAGGAGGACGCCUAUGCACGAGCCGUCUCUACUUUACUCCACCUGGAGGAACUUGAAUUGGACAUUGUCCAUUUGGCACCGGAAAAUGUCCGCCAGAUCUUAAGUCUGCCGAAGUUACGGAAACUUCGCGUUCACAAUUUCGAUCAGUUGGACGACCUUCUGUUGGAAAUUGGUCGCCUGCGGGGAAAGGAUGUGGUGUCGGCCACUUGCAACGAUAACAUAUGGAUGCGGACUCCUGGCGUACUGUCCAAACUGAAUAACGUCCGUUCCCUGACGCUCAUCGACGACGAGGGCUGUUGUGCCAUUGACUUUAGCGUCAUAAUCAAUUGUUUCCCCCGCUUGGAGCAACUGCAUCUGGAGAACUCUCGAAUCUGGCCAAAUGCAGAUGGUAUAUGGGACGUUGUGGCUGCUUGUCCCCACCUAACAAAUUUUACAAUUUCCAAUAUGGUUCUAUAUGAGGAGUUCUUUGCAUUCAGUGGGUCUAUAAUGAAACGUAUUUUGGAUCGCCGCCAGGAGACCCUGGUAUUGCAUUUCAAUAAAAACGAAAUGGAGUCAUUGAUUCGUGAGCGCUUUGUGCAUCCGAAAUUGAAACUUUCCUUCGAGGAGACAAGUGAUGUGCCCGAGGUACCUGAAGAGUGUAUGGAAUUGGAAUUGCUACCCAUUCAACGUGAUAUAGAAUAAGGCUCUCUGUUUAUUUCCAUUGACCCCCCAUAUUUUAUGUAGUUGUUACAUAAUUAAAAUUGUAUUUUCUCCUUAUAAUGUCCGCCAAAUAAAGAGGCUGAUAUUA